AUGACAGGAGGAAGUCGGAUGCGGCUUGGCAGUGCAAUGGAGUGUAUCGAUAUGGGGAGUGAAGAUGCCGCAUCACAGUCGAGUGAAGGUUGGAGAGUUCAUAAAUUCGGCGGAACGAGUAUGGGAAGCCCCGAGGCUAUCAAGGAGGUUGCUGAUAUCAUAACAUAUGAGGUCAACUGUUGUGGUAGCGGUCAUCUCGCUGUUGUCGUUUCUGCCAUGUCCGGUGUGACAACUUCCCUCUAUGAAAUAUGUAGUCUAGCCGAAAGGCAUAUCGAAUGGGAGCCCGAUCUUGAUGUCAUCAAAAAGAGGCAUUAUGACUGUAUCACCUGCCUCGGGAGUUUGGAAAAUUCGUCAGAGUAUCGGAAAGAAUUCGAAAAAGAUGCGGAAAGAAUCGCAUGUUGUUUGAAGUCGGUUGAAGUGGUUGGAGUCUGUCCACAACCAUUUUACGACGUCAUCAUGGGCUAUGGCGAAUCGUGGAGCGCCAGGCUUCUAUGUGCGGCUUUGGAACGCAACGGAGUACGAUCGACGGUUGUGGAUGGUCGGAGGGUCAUAUUCCUCGAAGAGGGCAGUGAUAGAGUUAAUUGGGAUGAGAGUGGUAUGAAAAUGGUGGAGGUGGAAAAGGAGACUGCUGAAUUCGAGGUGACCAUCAUUACGGGUUUCGUGGCUUCGGAAGCGUCCGGAGCACCCACUACUUUGAAACGCAAUGGGAGCGACCUGAGUGCUGCUAUAGUUGCCCGUCUUCUCUCGGACCAGUCGUCCAGAGGAUGUCAGCGGCUGACGAUAUGGACCGACGUUGAUGGAGUUUACUCCGGCGAUCCGAGAUCUGUGAAGAAGGCAGAAAUGUUGGAGUCAUUGUCGUAUUCGGAAGCUGCGGAGAUGGCCUGGUUCGGGGCGAAGGUUCUCCAUCCGAAGACGAUGGCACCGUGUGUUGAUAAGAACAUACCGAUUAUACUGAGAAAUACAUUCAAUCGGGGAUGCUCAGGAACUCUGAUAACCUCGCUACCGACCCCACCGGGCUCGCCUUGUCGGCAUCAGCUCACUGCUAAGGCAGUGUCUACCAUGAAGGGCAUUUGCUUGGUCAACGUAGAGGGAUGUGGACUGAUUGGUGUCAACGGUUUGGCCAGUCGUCUUUUUGGAGCAGUCGGUGAGGCCGGUGUUAAUGUUAUCAUGUUCACACAGGCUUCUUCGGAGCACUCCAUCUGUUUUGCGAUACGUACUGCUGAUCGCGAGAGGUGUGUUGCGGCGAUCGAACGAGCUUUCUAUCGAGAAAUUUGUCUCUACCAUGAUUUUGGCGUUACUACUACGACAGGCAUGGCGAUGUUAGCGAUGGUUGGUGAUGGUAUGGUUAGAUCGAUCGGCAUUCUCGGUAGGGCGGCGACUGCGCUGGCUUCUGCCCGAGUUAACAUCUGUGCUGUAGCGCAGGGCUCGAGUGAGAGGAAUAUCACUAUAGUUGUCGCUGAGGAGGACGCUGAGGCUGGGGUCGCGGCACUGCAUGACAGUGGCUGCUGUGGGAGAGGCGGAGCGGCCCGAUGAUUAAGUGUUCUGACGUGCAGUCUACAUGGAGCUGAAGGUUCACUGCGUGUGGUUUGUUCCAAGCGAAUCGCUUGGGUUUGAGUUAACUCCACAGUCUGCAUAUCGACGCAAUUGAACGUGUCUUAU